AUGUAUAAUUUCCAACGCUUCAAAUCCACUCUGUGCCUGAGCGGUACUGUUAGAAAAUCACCAACCUCACGAUGUUUUCGUCUUUCGCAACACUACCCAUUGCCGGCCUUCUCUCUCGGAUUCGGCACAAUUGCUUCUCCAGGUGACCACUCGUUUACUGUAUCAUACCUCGUUAACAAUUUAGGGUUUUCCCAAGAAGCUGCUUUAAAUGCUUCCAAGAGAGUUCGAUUUGACACCUCACAAAAGCCAGAUGCAGUUGUCAGCUUCUUUGAAAGCCAAGGUUUCUCCAAGUCUAUGAUGAAAGAUGUCCUUAGAAAGAAUCAGUGGCUUCUUAAUUGCGAUCCCCAAAACAGGAUUCUGCCCAAGUUCGAGUUUUUCCUCUCAAAAGGUGCUUCUGCCUCCGACAUUGUCCUCAUGGUCCAAAGGAAUGCGAGAUUCCUGGAGAGAAGCUUGACUAAUCACAUAAUCCCAUCAUAUGAAUUGCUAAAAGAGUUCCUUCAAGAUGACAAAACCACCAUUGACUGUAUAAAACGCUACUCGGCUGUGCUCCAUGGUUCUCGAGUGAUGCAUAGUAUCAAUAUGUUGCUUAAGAAGGGGGUGUCAGGGGCGAACAUUGCUAUCAUACUACAUGAAACGCCUCGUGUGCUAAACUUUACAAAUGAACUUGAAAGAGCGGUGGAAGAACUUAAGAGUUUGGGAUUUAAUCCUUCCGCCACAACAUUCGGCGCAGGAUUGACGGCCAAAGUGGGUUUAAGCAAAUCCAAAUGGGAAGCCAAGGUUGAAGUCUAUAAGAGGUGGGGAUGGUCAGAAGAAGCGGUGUUGAAAGCAUUUAGGACGGAUCCGCGCUGUAUGUUAGCAGGCAAGGAUAAGAUUAAUGCGGUGAUGAGUUUUUGGGUUAACCAGUUGGGCUGGAAUUCUUUGCUCCUUCUCAAAAGACCAACAUUCAUUGGGUUUAGCUUGAAGAAAAGGAUUAUUCCUAGGGCUUCUGUUCUACAGUUUCUUUACUCAAAAGGUUUGGUGAAGAAGAAUGCAAGCGUAGUCAGGCCAUUUGUUCUUCCUGAAAAGCAGUUCCUGGAAAGAUAUGUGAAAUGUUUUAAGGAGCACGAUCAUAAGUUAAUAAAGCUAUAUGAAGAAAAUAUGAAGGAUGCUGACAUGUCAUGCUCAUGA